AGAAAUAUUUACAAAGAGUAGUUCAAAGGAAAAAAAUAGCUGUCUGAAUAUGUAAUUCCAAAAUAUGUUGCAUCAGUUGUAAAUUGCGUGAACACACUCUGACGUCACAAGAAAAUGACGCCAAACAAUACACCUGAUUUCAUCAUCCCAGAAGGAGCAGAGGCAGCCAGAGUUGAAAAAAACUUGUGAGUUCUUUCCUCUAAAAGAAAAGAUUCAGUAUGAGAUGUUGGUUACUAUACGAACGAAUCGGUUUGGAUAAACGGCUUUCUUGCAAUAAAUGAAACGUUUUACGAACUGCAUGUUAAACAUUGUUGUUUACAUUAAAGGUCAACGUUUAGAAAGUCUCAGUUUGUGAAGAGUUGUUACAACUCUUUUAUUCUACUUAUGAAUAAAUAAUUCCAGUGUAUUAUUUAUUUGAUGAAGAAAGUUAUUCAUAAAUCAUGUCUGUACCAAGACUGCUUGUAGUGACGGCAGUGCCGUUUAGUUUAGCUCGUCUACAAUCUAGUUUCAAUCCAUACGCUAGUAAUAAUACGACUACAAGUUUCAAAGAUUCUGAUACGAACCACUCGAACUUAAAACGAAUAGUUGUGAAUUCAAAACAAAAUGGGAAGAAUGACAUGGAUAAUAGUUGGAAAAAACGCAACAGAGUUCUGAAAAAUAGAAUAUCAUCACAAGUCUCUAGAGAGAAAGCUAAAAUUAAAAAGGAUUUAUUAGAGAAGCAACUACUAGAAUUGCAAAUCGAGCAAAUGAAAAUUCGUUUGCUUAAUAAUGAAUUGGAGGUGCGACAAUCGAAACUAGAAGAGGAGAAUGCCAUUCUCAAAGAAAGAAUGUUAAUAGGAGGAAUGGAAGAGGCCCUCAAUCAUGCUUUGUUUGUUAACACUUCUCUGAAGAAGAAGUGGGUUCUGUCCGUCCUCAUCGCUCUUUUGGGAGAGUUUAUGAACAGUUUGCGGAUUCCAAAUUUCCUCAGCUUAUUGAUGUUGAAAAUUCAACACAUUGUAAUGAAAAGCAGCAGACAAAUCACUACUCCUAUUGCUUCCCUGAGGUAGCUGUAAAAUUACCUGAAAAAGAGUCUCUGUGUUUAGAAAAUGAAAUGGAUUUCAACUUAAUUGAAAACAUGAUAUUUGGAGAGGGAUUUGAUUUUUACGACCCAUAUUCUGUGAAGCAAAUGAAAAGUCAGUUUUCUGAGACGAAGGAAACUUUUCAUUCAGAAGAUAAUGUCCCAGAAUGGACCUUUGAAGAUUUAUAUGAUGACAUAGAAAAUACUUCCUUAUGCUCAAUUUAAUUUGUUUUACGAUACGAACCAAAAUAAUUUAUUUGUUAAAUGCUGUGCAUUUUUUUUUUAUGAAUGUAACAUUUUUCCAAUUGGGGGAAAAAAGCAUUGUAUAUAAAAAUAUGUUGAUGUUAUUUAUUUAUUUUAGUAAACUAAUACUAUAUCUAUUACCAGUUUUUAUCUUUUAUUCUUGUGUACAUAAAUAAAUGAAAAGUUAUAAUAAUUUGUUAAAUUUUCUGAAAAGAAAAAGUUUUUUAUUAAACUUGUAAUUUGAUUACUGAUUUUGUUACUCUAUCUGAAAAUUGAAAUAUUUCACACUUUUUUUCGUAUGAAAUAUAUCUGGUUUUUAGUGAAGUAACUGGCAAUUUUUUUUUUCAUUAUAAAUUAUAAUCAAGUUAGGUGCUCUUACAAUUAUUUUCUUUUGACUAAUAAGCAGGUAUAAACAUUAACUAGCAAUUGGAUCUGCCCACAGCUAAAAAAUUACUUUACAUAUUAAAGAAUACUUAACUAAAUUGAACUACUUAAAAAUAACAUAGAUAUUGUUACGAAAUAAUGCUUACUAAGUUUAUAAAAUUAAAUUAACACUUUUUAUAAUCCUGUUAUCUAAGACACUAAAUUAUUACUAAUGUGUUACUAAUUUCUUUUAGCUUUAUAACGAUAUUUUCACUUCGAAAACAUUAAUUAUUUAGCUCGCAUUACGUUCAUCACUUUACAAAUGUAAAAUUCUUGAUUGGUUUGCUUGUACUAUUUAUUUAACAUCUAUCACUUUGUUCUUAUAUUUAGGAUUUAUAAAGCAUUUCUUAUAAA